AUGAAAGGACAAAACCGUUACAAAACAAGACUUUUCACAAAAGGUGCCAAUGGUGAUGGAAAUAUUGGAUUCCCUUCCGAUAUAUCUUCAACAAUAGAAUUUAAAGAAGUGACACUAAUUCAAAAUCACACUUUAGAAGAAAGUAAACAAAUAUUAGAAAUGAUCGAACAUAUUGCUUCUGGAAGAUCCAGUAUCAUAUUUUCCACCAGAAAUAAUAGAGUAUUCGUUUGUGGUUUAAAUAACUAUAAUCAAGUGGGUGUAGCCAAUACAGAAUCUAUUUUCCUAUUCAAAUCAAUCGAACAUUUACUUGUUGAUCAAUUAGAAAGAGCUAGAGUUAUGGAAGAAAUGGAAUUGACUCAAGCAUUGAAAUUGACUAAUUGCAGUUCUCACACUGAGAGCUUUCUGAGGGAGAGACUUUACAAAAAGUUUGAAAAGGUGAAAUCGAUUGAUUUUGUAGAGAUGGGAUGGUUUCACUCGAUUGUUGUGAUUAAUAAGAAUAUUGUGAUGGGAAGUGGACACAGUUAUUUUGGACAAUUGUAUGAUCAUGGAUUUAGUGAAAUGCAUCAGUAUUUAAGGGUGGUUCCAUAUGAUUAUGUGUCCGUCAUUAAUGAGAUAGAAGAUAGUGGAAAAUUGAUUGACCCAUUUAGGCAGGACAAGAUUACACAUCUAUCGUGUGGAACAUUUUCUACAACCAUUGUAAUGAAUGAUACCAAAGUUUAUUCAUGUGGUGAGAUUACACCAUUCAAGAAGGAAUUGUCAUUUGAAUUGGACAUACAACCCUUUCUGGGAAAUGACAAGAUAUUACAAGUGUUCCAUUUGGAUACUGGUAUUGCAUUUUACACAAGCAGUGAAUGUUUCAUAAUGUUAGAGAAACCAGAUAUUUACACACGAAUUGAAAAUGUGGCAAAACUGGUUGGUGGACACCUCAGUAAUGAUACUUAUUAUGUCCUUAAGGAUUCUCCUAAUACUUUGAGAAGAUGGGUUUCCACUCCAUCAACGGACGAACCAUUAAGUUAUUCUCUCUCAAAUAUUCCUUCCCCUUUUCAUUUUGUUCCAGGGUAUUACCACAUAUUAUGUAUCUCACAAGGAAAGUAUAUCUAUACGGAUGCCAGUUUUUUGGAUGAAGGUGUUGGUGUUGUAGAUGAGGAGGAGGACUUUGAAUUGACUCUAUCGACAUUAGUUGGGCCAAAGUCUCAAAUUGGAGACAAGGAUACCAAGCUCUUAACAAGACUCCUAUUGAAAGAGGGCUAUUGUGUUAAGAAAAUAUCUUCUGGCUCUGAUUUUUCAUUCGUUCUGGUGUAUCACGAGUCUUCAAAGGAACAAGAGGAAAUGAAAAACAAGCUCCAUAACCAAUCUUCGAGAAGAAAUUCUUUCAUUGAUAUGUCAAUAGUUUGUCUAGAUUUUCAACUUUAUUAA